AUGGACGUCGACCUGAGUGUGCCUGAUGGGGCUCCUCCGGAUAUCACAGCGCGAUUGCUAGAGUUGCGUCAAGAGCUUGAAGAAGGAGACAUCACGGCAAAAGGUUACAGGAAGCACCGCGAACAAGUAAUAGCAAAGUGGCUCGCUUCCCAAGAGCACACCGACUAUGCUGCCAGUGUAUACAGCGGGGCCCCAAGCUCUCGCUCACGGCGUCGACAGAGUGCAGGCGAGAGCAUUGGAUCACACCCCAUUCCAGAAAUGCUGCAGAGUCUGCAGUCUCAAGGUGUCGGACCAAGUUCCUCUCGACUUCCUCUUCCUGAGAUAGCAGCCAUUUCCGGCCCUUUGCAGCGUCCUUUGCCUCCGCGAGGGAUUCCUGAGUCGGCCAAUACUGAUCCACUGAAUACAGGGGUCCGGCUCACCAAGUUCGAUAACCUGCCGUCUAUUUUGCGGCAUCGUGGCCGCACCAACGCCGAUGUGGCUGCAUUCAUGGUCCUCGAUAAAAAAGGAAAAGAGCACCAGUCGAUCACCUGGUCAAAGCUUGCCUCCAAGUCUGAAAAAGUUGGUCAGAUGUUGAGAGAUCAAUCGGGGCUUUUCCGAGGCGACCGUGUCAUUCUGCUGUAUGCAGAGUACGAGCCUAUCGAGUUCAUCAUCGCAAUGAUGGGAUGCUUCCUUGCCGGCUUGGUAGCUGUUCCAGUCAGCCCUCACCAACCUGCGGAGCUGUCCAAAAUUCUCAGCAUGACCCAGUGCCAUUUAGUCUUGACAACCGAGACUCAGCUCAAGCUGUUCCAGAAGAACCAUUCUGAAAAGUUCGCUCAACUCAAGGACGUGCAGUUCUGGAAAACAACCGACUGGGGUAGCUACGCCCCGCCUAAGCGUGGAGCGGAUCUGCCAGCUCUUCAGGUUCCUGACUUGGCAUAUAUCGACUACGCUUAUUCCCCUACUGGUGAUCUCAGGGGUGUGGUUAUGUCCCACCGCACUCUACUGCACCAAAUGCAAGGACUUAUGGCCAUUCUGCGAUCGCGUGAUGUGUACACUGGUAAGGUUCGUCGGGGUACGGAUAGGCUUUUGUGUAGUCUUGAUAUCCGACGAUCAACUGGUUUGAUAAUGGGUGUUCUGCUGACCGUUUACUCGGGAAACUGCGCGUACAUUCUGACCAAAACAGCUAUGGCUGUUCCGGGUCUAUAUGCUCAUGUAGCAACCAGAAACAGAGUCUCGAUGUUGCUCUCGGACUAUCCAGCUCUCAAGCAGGUAUGUUAUAACUACCAGAGCGCUCCGCAAGCUACUCGGAAUUUCAGCAAGAAGCAAAAAAUUGACCUUAGCACUUUACGUUGGUGUUUGAUUGAUGCGGCCACAGUUGAUGCUGAGUUCCAAAUGGUCUUGGCUGAUAGAUGGCUCAAACCACUGGGAAAUGCUGCCGCUCGCGAUAUCGUUGCACCCAUGCUCACCUUAACUGAGCACGGUGGUAUGGUUAUUGCCAUGCGCGACUUUUUAGCUGUCCCGGAUGGCGGUGAUGCGCUGGAUGCGGGUGAACUUUAUCUGGAUCGUGAGGCAUUAAAGCGCAAUAAAGUUCAGAUAAAGUUGGGUGGAGGCGGUCCCACAAACACAUCAGAUACCCUUGCGAUCGUUCCUUUUGGAUUCCCUCUUCCCGAUGCUACUGUGGCUGUAGUCGAUCCAGAAACUGGCAUUUUGGCCGGCGAAAUGACUGUCGGUGAGCUUUGGAUCGAUUCACCUAGCUUGUCAGGUGGUUUCUGGGGUCUAGCUGAAGAUACAGAGAGUACGUUCCAUGCUCGCUGUUUCGAUGAAAAAGGUGCUCUUCCUUUGGAAUUUUUGCGCACUGGCUUGUUGGGAUUUAUUGAGGACGGCUUGGUGUAUGUGAUAGGUCUAACUGAAGACCGCUUGGUCUACAUUCCAUCACCGACAUCCCCGGUGUCAUCCUCUGGUGCAAACAACUCUACACCAUCCCCCAUCGAAUCUUCUCCUAGCUAUUCCAAAAGUGACUAUGUUUAUGAGUACUCUCCGCACCUCUCCAGCACGAUCAUGCACAGUGUUCAGGGCCGUAUCUACGAUUGCUGUGUUUUCCAAAUGCCGCUGGCCGGUAGAUUAUUGUCUAUUCUUGUGCUCGAAACUCCUGACGCUGUGCCACCACCUGCUGUCACAGCCAUGACUGCACCGCUUGCGCAUGCCGCCGCCACCAAACAGGAGACAACUCGUGAGCAAACUCUAGACCUCAUGUGCCAACGUGGCAUUGCAGUCCUUGAGCAAGUUCAUCAGUUCCCUAUAUACUGUGCUAUUGCUACCUGGCCUAAUGCUACACCCCGUGUUCUUAGAGCUGGUCGUCCCGAUAUUGCCAAAAUUCUUGCCUCCCAUCAGGUUUUGCAUGGUAGAUUUUCGGCUGCAUAUGUCCGCUUCAAUGCUAAAAGUAUCGCUGAUUCCCUACCUCGCGGCCAGGAUCCAGUGGGUGGUAUUUGGUCUCCAGCAAUCUCCCAUAUCCGCAAUGAGACGCUAGGUGAAGCCGACAAACAAUACUCUGGAGUAGACAUGCGCACAAAAGUCUUGGAUGACCGUACGCAGCAUGAUUUGACAAGUUUCGAGUCUCUUGUGCACUUGUUUCAAUGGCGGGUCGCUCGUCAGCCCGAUGAGUUAGCUUAUCAGACCCUAUCGUCAUCGACAAAGUCAGGUGCUGAAACCUCUUGGAGAAAGCUUGACCAACGUGUUGCUGCUACUGUUCAAUACCUUCGCGAUCAUCUCCGUGCGCAGGCGGGUGACAUUGCGGUGCUGAUGUACACUCACAGCGAAGACUUUGUAGUGGCCGUAUUGGCAUGCUUCUUUAUGGGUAUUAGCGUGCUUCCUUUGUCACCGCUGAAUACGGACCGUCUUGAUGAGGAUUUACAAUCGCUCUACCGACUGAUUAAACGGUUUAGAGUGACCUUGUUGCUGGGCAAUCACGAAACUUGGCAACUCAUGGAUGAUAAGCAAGUCACCCAUUAUCUCAAGCAUAGGCGACUUGUGGUUCCCAAGAUUCACAAUACAGCAAAGGUCAAGGUGCUGGCCACCCAUACCUGUAAGAGCUAUAAAAUGCCCCCUCGAGCAUUGAAGACGGAUUUUGCUGCGUUAGUGUGGUUAUACUGGUCACCUGACCAUGAACUGACUGCAUCUCACAUCAGUCACCAAGCUCUCCUUGGGAUGUGUAAAAUACAAAAGGAGACGUGUCAAAUGACGUCUCGUAAACCGGUUAUUGGUUGUGUUCGCUCGGUCUCGGGCCUUGGAUUUUUGUACACGGUCUGUUUGGGUAUCUACGUGGGCAUGUCAACUCUAUUGGUGUCCCCGGUUGACUAUGCAAACAACCCAUCAUCCUACUUUUUGACAGCCAGCCGGUACAAGGUAAAGGAUGGGUACGCUACGGUGCAGAUGCUUGAGCAUGCAUGCCGUGCCUCGAAACCUCGGAAUUACACUCUCUCGGAGUUGACCAACCUUAUAGUGCCGAUGAAUGGUCGUACGAAUACUAGCAUUGUUAAUGACAUGCGACUAGCAUUUGCUGCGGUUGAACUCGAGACAAUCUCCGUUAAUCUUGCCUAUGGCACUGAUACCAACCCUAUGAUCACCACUCGAAGCUAUAUGCUGGUUGAUGGCAUAGAAAUCUGGCUUGAUCCAGUUGCUCUGCGUCAGGGAUAUGUUUCUGUGGUGAAUCCCAUGAACUGCAGCGAUGCAUUAUACCUUUUAGACAGCGGAAUGGUUCCCAUUAAUACCCAAAUUGCUAUUGUGAAUCCAGAGACCCGCUGCCUGUGCCGCACGGGCGAGUUUGGUGAGAUCUGGGUGGUUAGUGACGCUAACCAAACGGCUUAUUACAAACGCGAUGGCACCACUAAUGACCAAAUUAUGAGUGCCGUGAUCGCUGAUGGCGACCCAGAGGUAAAAUAUAUGCGCACCGGUGAUUUCGGGUUCUUGCACACUGUUGUCAGGGGCCUUGACGUGGAGAUGCAGGUUUUGUUUGUCCUCGGGGCCAUUGCAGACACUAUCGAGGUCAAUGGGCUGCAGCACUUUGUGUACGACGUCGAGGCCGAUAUUGAAAAGCACGACCAGGUGGACUCUGCUGUCUUGUUCACUGCGAACAACAUGAACGUCGUGGUGGCAGAGACUUCGAGCGACAAGCGGUACCUGCCUAGUCUUGGAACUUGGAUCGCAAACUCGAUUCUGGAAGAGCACGAAUUCUUGCCUGAUGUUGUCGCAUUCAUUGGCAAGGGCCAGAUGCCCAAAUCACGCUUGAAGGAAAAACAGCGCAAAACUCUUAUCACAAAGUACGUGGAGAACAAGCUCACAAUUGCCGGCCAAUAUGGUGUUAAUAUGAGAUAA